GAACUUUGGCAAAUGUCUAUUAAUAAUUGACAAAUAACAGAAUUACCUGGGCAUACAAAGCAAUCCAUGAAAAAUUUCCAGAAUAUCUAAAGUUGUGUUACCCUGCCACAAUGUUGCCCCGGCUGGUCUGCCUCAAUGAUUAUGAACAACAUGCCCGAUCAGUGCUUCAAAAGUCAGUGUAUGAUUAUUACAAGUCUGGGGCAAAUGAUGAAGAGACCUUGGCUGAUAAUAUUAGAGCAUUUUCUAGAUGGAAACUAUAUCCACGUAUGCUCCGGAAUGUUGCUGAUAUCGACCUGUCGACCUCUGUUUUAGGACAGACUGUCAGCAUGCCUAUCUGUGUCGGGGCUACUGCCAUGCAGUGCAUGGCUCAUGUGGAUGGGGAGCUGGCCACUGUACGAGCCUGUCAGACUGUGGGAACUGGCAUGAUGCUGAGCUCCUGGGCUACCUCGUCAAUAGAAGAAGUGGCGGAGGCUGGCCCGGGGGCACUUCGCUGGAUGCAACUGUACAUCUACAAAGACCGCGAGAUCAGCAGGCAGCUAGUGAAGCGAGCUGAGCAGAUGGGUUACAAGGCCAUAUUUGUGACAGUGGACACCCCUUACCUGGGCAACCGCUUUGAUGAUGUGCGCAACAGGUUCAAGCUGCCGCCACAGCUCAGGAUGAAGAACUUUGAAACCAAUGAUUUGGCAUUUUCUCCUAAGGGGAAUUUUGGAGACAACAGUGGACUUGCUGAAUAUGUGGCACAAGCCAUAGACCCAUCUCUCUGCUGGGAUGAUAUUAAGUGGCUCAGACAAUUGACGUCACUGCCUAUUGUUGUAAAGGGCAUUUUGAGAGGUGAUGAUGCCAGGGAAGCCAUUAAACUUGGUGUGGAUGGGAUCUUGGUGUCCAAUCAUGGGGCAAGACAACUUGAUGGGGUGCCAGCCACUAUUGAUGCCUUGCCAGAAAUUGUUGAGGCUGUGGAAGGGAAAGUAGAAGUCUUCCUGGAUGGGGGUGUGAGGAAAGGCACAGAUGUUCUCAAAGCUCUGGCCCUGGGAGCCAAGGCUGUGUUUGUAGGAAGACCCGUCAUCUGGGGCUUGGCUUUCCAGGGAGAGAAAGGUGUUCAAGAUGUCCUUGAGCUACUGAAGGAAGAGUUCCGGCUGGCCAUGGCUCUGAGUGGGUGCCAGAAUGUGAAAAUCAUCGACAAGACAUUGGUGAGGAAAAAUCCUUUGGCUGUUUCCAAGAUCUGACAGUGCACAAUAUUUUCCCAUCUGUAUUAUUUUUUUCCAGCAUGUAUUACUUGACAAAGAGACACUGUGCAGAGGGUGACCACAGACUGUAACUCCCCACUUCAAUACAAAGGGUGUCGUUCUUCUCCAACAAAAUAGCGAUCCCUUUUCCUUCAUUGCUUUUGACUUUUCAAUGGGUGUCCUAGGAACCUUUUUAGAAAGAAAUGGACUUGCAUCCUGGAAAUAUAUUAACUGUUAAAAAGAAAACAUUGAAAAUGUGUUUAGACAACGUCAUCCCCUGGCAGGCUAAAGUGCUGGGGAACAAAAGAUAUCCUCUGGUAAAAUUGGAGGUAGUGUGCUGAAGUAAAGGAUAACGUCCUCACUGUUUAUUAACCUGUCUUGUGUUUAGAUUUCCUUAAGACAGUGGUUCUUACAGUUUGUACCAGGCUUUGAAAGCCUGGAAGUGCCCAGAGAAACAUGAGGUUUGGAUUUGCCCUGUUGAGAAAAUAGGACUCAGUAGAAUGAAAUAGAUGGUGGUAAUUUGUGAUUUUCUGAGUCUUUUCAUUUUUUAACACCCUAUUUCUUUGAAGGUGGAUUUCUAGCCAUAUAUCGAGUAUCUGAGUAGAUCUGAAUGCUUUGUGGUAGUCACUGCAUUUGAAGGGCAUGGGUCUAGUCUACUUGGGACAAUAUGGAAUUAU